AUGACGGGAUCGCCGCCCCCCUCCGCUCCGGAGGAGGUUGAAGCAGCGACGGCUUUUCUGGCGCAGCGCGGCGUCCUCCCACGACGAAGCCGAAGGACAGACCGGCCUCUCGCGUCUUCUAACGCGUCUUCCUCUCCAGCGCCUUCUUCUGGUCGCAGUGAGGGAGAGGAAGAGACAGUGCACGGCGCUGAGGCUGCUUGCGUCGCGAGUGACGCGGGGAGUCGAGAGGAGGGGGAAGACCGGAAACAGAGUGAGGAGACAAAACGGGGAGAGAUGCCAGAGAACGCAGCGACGGGAAUCCUCGAAAACCUCCUCAGUGCCGUCGCAUAUGGACUCCUCGAUGUGCCUCGAUGGAAGAGAAAAGAUCAGCAACAACUGAUCCUCAGAUUCUUUGUGCCACGCGUGGAGGACGAAACAGGCGAAGAACGAGAAGAGCAUGAACGGGCGGAGGAAGACGAUGAAGGAGAAGAGGAAGGAGAGGAAACAGAUCAAGGAGGUGAAGGUGUAUUCUCGGCUCUGACGAUCUUCAGCGCGUUCCACAGGUUUCUGUUGGCGUGGCCGAGGCUCGCAGCUUCGCCUUGGUUUUUAGGCACCUGCCGACAGGCUCUAAAGCAGACGAGAGAAGACACACGGGACAGCCAAAGAAUGGAGGAAGACAAUGCUUUCUUUUACCAUCCUUCUUGGCGCAGUUGGACCAUUAUUCUCCAACUCCUGGAGGUCUUCGUUUACACACCCAGCACUCUUCCUGCUCUCCUCUCUUGUCUCUCGUCCUCUCCCGCCUCUCCUUCGUCCAAAAGUAUGUCGACUUCUCCUGUGCGGGACAGCGCUGUGUUUCAGAAUUUGCUUUCGCUCCCUUCUCUGGUGGAGGGGGCCUUGUGUGCGCUGCCGGGUGGUUCUGCCGCCGUCUCGUGUCUCCUGCCGUCUUCUGUCUCCAGUUCCGUUUUCGCCUUUAGGCUCGGCGAGGCGUUGCUGGUGACCUGGCGCCGACUCCUCCCCCAGCGAGACGUCACGCCCAGCCUCUGCUGGCGAAACUGCGAGAGGCGGCACGGAAAAGAAGAAAGAGGGACGCACGACGGCAGGGACCAGGAGACAGCAAACGGGACGAGAACGACGCGCGCUGCGGAAGAGCCAGAGACCCAGAGAGAAGCGCUCGCAAGGGAGACGCAGAAGACUGGAGAACAAGAAAGAAAUCAAGCAAGAGAACACGACAGCCGAGACUCCCAGGAGUGGGGGAAGAGCGAAGGGAAGGCGGAGGUGGGCCGUGCGUGUGGAAACCAAGACGUGUGGGGUAAGGCCCUGAAGCCUCUCCUCGCAGCCACUCGCAGAUUUGUUCUCCGCGGCCACGCCUCGUCUCUUGCUCGCGCCUUUGUCGUCGCUCUUCUCUCUCCAGACGAAGAGGAACGCGAGGAGAGAGAACGGAAGCAGACGGGAAGGCAAAAAGUGAAGGCGACAAGGCGCGAAGCCCAACACGAGGUGGAGGAAAGAAGUGAAAGAACAGAGGCAUGGGGGACGCGAGACAAAAGAGGCACCAAGACAAAAGAGGAGGAACAGGAAGAAGAGGAAAAGGAAGAGAAGACAGAUGUGUGCUGCGUUGCUCAGUUCAUGGCAAGUGAGCUGUCUCGGGAAGAUGCCGGCGGGCAAGCCGCUCACGUGUUUGUUUUUGCUUGUAUUCGCGAGGUCGUUCCUCUCUUCUUUCUCUCUUCUCAUUCGUUUGGACCUGAUGUUUCGUAUCUCCAAGAAGGCAACGAGCCAAUUCUCUCGUUUCACUCGCCCGCAGCGCCUCGGUUCCUGCAGAGCCUCCUCCUUGGUUUUCUUCACGCCUCUCCUUUCUCCCCUCACGGACGCGGGGUCGCGUCGGGGUUCCUGUCUCAGUUCCUGUUCAAAACUUUAGAUCCCUCUUCUUCGCAUCUUCUUCCUCUCCCGACGGCUCUCUUUCUCCUCGACCUCCUCUCCGGCUCUUUCCAGCCCCUCCGCCCUCUGCCCUCGUUUUCUUCGUUUUCUGGGGACGAGGCAGCGGUGAAACCUGGAGGUGCGGAUGGCGCUUCUUGCUUCUUCUGUCCCUUCUUUGCCCUAUCCUUUCUCGACCUUCUUCAACACUUUCUGCAUCUGUGGGCGAACCAAGACAGUUCUCUCGUCUCCCUCUCUGCCCAUCAGCAUCUCCUUCUGACUUGCUUCGUCUCUCGCUCUCUCUCAAACGUCACCCGCCUCGAACGCCAUCUCGCUGCUCUUGCUUCUUCUCGCGCUUCUUCUGUCGCUUCUUGUCAGAGUGGGGAGUGUAGCGACACUCGCUGUGCGAAAUCCGUUCUUGCGGAGGAGGAGGCGCGCAGCCUGGAGCUUCUCCGGUUCCGGCUCAGCGCGUUUUCGACCGGCAAAAGAUUCGCUUCUCUGAUGCGCGGCAUCCACGCCCGCCUCGGGAGCUCCGAGGAGGCCUUGCGGCUGCUCGGUAUGCUCAUCGCGGAGAAGAUGGCGAAGGAGACGCUGCGCGUGCUGGGACGGAAAGGGAAGGCGACGCCCAAAGAGCGACUCCGUCCGGGACAAGCGGACGAAGUCGCACAUCGCAAAAGCGAGGCGGAAACAGAAGACACCGGAGCUCUGGCCUUCAGGGAGCUCCGAGACCCCUGCGUGGUGUCCAGACACCCCACGCUGUUCCUCUUCUUCUCGGCGUCUGAGAGCGGAGAGUGGAGCACGACCCGUCGCAGCGAACUGGCGAACCCAUCGGAAGAAGAGGAGGUGUCGAGGAGAACGCUGCAUGCGUCGUGUGAAUGCGAGAAGCGCGGGGACACGGGCGACGAAAGGGCGAAGAGCGGAGACGCAGAACGCGAGCGCCUGGCGCGUCUCCCCGUCGGCGAGACGGACGAGGACGUGCGACGCCUCGAGGACAUUGCAGACUGUCUUGAAGCGAAGAGGCGAAGCCGAGGGAGGUCAGGAUUGUCUCAGCUCGCUUCCGCUUUCGCGUUACUGGACCGGCUGCGUGGACCUGCGCAGGGUGCGUAUUCGCUCCUCUGUGGGGAAAGCGCCGUGGGGCGCACAGGAGCGGAAACGGAAGAACUGGCGAACGCAGAGACGGAGGAAAACAAAACCCAGGAAGGGUCGGGACAGGAGUCGCCUGGAAAGUCGCGCUCAGACAGCGACCGCUCCACUCCAGGAUCCUCCGGUCCGUCUUCCAAACUUCCGACCUCUUCCGUUCCAUCUGCAUCUUCUUCGGUGCCCUCGGCCUCUCGUUUUGUGGGAGAAGCGAAGGCGUCUUUCGCGGAGCCCCGCGAAGAAAAAAAACCAGUUCACUCAAUUCCAAUCGUUUCUGUCGACGAGGACAGUGACUCCGACGAAGAUGAAGAUGACCACUAUUUCCAGACUCUACCUGACCUUCCUGCCUUUGAUGCCUCUUCUUCCUCUCCUUCCUCCUCCUCUUCCUCCUCUUCUUCCUUCUCUUCCUCCUCCUCCUCUUCCUCCUCUUCUUCCUUCUCUUCCUCUUCCUCCUCCUCUUCCUUCUCUUCCUCUUCCUCCUCCUCUUCCUUCUCUUCCUCUUCUUCGUCCUCUUCCUCCUCUUCUUCUUCCUUUCCGUCUUCGUCUGCUCCGCGAUUUGUUCUUCCUGCGCCUCCGGCGGGUGCGCCGAAUCUGCCACAGAGCGUGAGGCAGGUAGUUGAGUGGUUGGCGGGGGAGAUGCACGUCACGGACGAAGCGUCUUCGCAGUUGGUGUCCGUCGGCCCGUGUUCGCAGCCGUCGGGGCAGAACGAGUUGCCUUCGCACCGACUCUUCCGCGUGUCGGCUGCGCUGCACAGCUGUCCGCUGCUCCUGCUCCUGCAGGCGAAGGGCGACAGCUCCGCGACGGUCUUCUCGCUCACGCAUGGCCGGAUGCUCGGCGAAGAGGGCAUCGCGUCUCCGUCGUGGGAGUUUCGAGACGGCCGCCUGGCCCCGCGUCUCUUGCGGCUGCUCCUGUGUGUGGAAACGAGCAUUGGCGCGCAGCCCGCGGAGCUCGAGAGGCUGAGACAAACGAGUCUCGCCGCACUGAUCGCCUUGCAGCUGUCUCCUCUGUUGCCCGUGCUGGCCGUCACGCUGCUGGAUUCCCAGACCUCCGCGCACCAGAAACUCCUCGUGCUCGACGCUCUCCAGCGCGCCGCCGCAUGGCUCGCGACAGGCGCCCCUCGAAACUGGGCUCUCCUCAGUCCAGUCUGCAGCGAGGACGGCGAGCCAGAUGAAGAGAUCGCGGGCGGCGAAGGGAAGGGCGGCGAGGGCGAGCAGCGGGCCCUGGGGGAGACGGGCGAAUCGCGAGCGAGUCGGACGCGGCGGUUCGCGCAUUCGUCGACGGCUCGCAAGGCCUCGGUCAAUCUCUUUAUGCCCCACGCGUCGAGUGUAUGUACACAGUUGCUGUCGCUCCUCGAGGUCCCCGCGUACCCUGCUUCCGACUUCGCGGCGCAACAAAGCUACGCGCAGCGCGUGGUGUGCCACAAACGGUUGUUGGGUCAGCCGACGGUCGUGGCGAGUCUCCUCCACACGGCCGGGGUGUCUGUACAGCUGGCCGGCCGCGCCAGUCUGGAUGCAGAGGAGUUCGCUGCGGCCGCGUUGCGCGCCGCCGUCGGCUUCAAAGGCCACUGCGACCGCAGCGUGCGCCGCGGAGCUUUGUCGCUCCUCGCGGCCGUCACCGCGACUGCCGGCUCGCUCGACGCACUCUUCAGAUCCGUCGAGUACGCGGAGCGCAAUCUCGGGUGUACGUACACCCCAACAGAGUCCCUCAGGGGAGCGCUGGAGGGCAGCGCGUCCGCGGGUUCCGACGGGGGGCGAGAGGGGACAGGUUUCGAACGGAGCCAAUUUUUCCCGGACGAAGAUUCGUGGCUUCGAGAAGACUCGGAGGGAUUUCUGUUGCGGGAAAGGCAGGUGUACGUCGUCGGCGCCGCUGCGCAGGGCGGCCUGGGCGUCGUCGAGUGGCUGAAAAAGCAAAUGCUGGAUGACCCCGACGAGGUCUGCAGGCGUCUCGCUUCUCUCGUUCUCAGUCUCUGGCUCGAGCUGCCUGCGUAA